AUGCUAUCAGCAAUCGGCCUGUCCCCGAGGUGUUUCACUGCAAUACCGCUCAACCGGAGCCUUCAAGCCUCGCUCACUCUGCUCUCCGCCGCGCUCGCAAAUGCGCCGGACGCAGCGCUUGCAAGUCCGCCGUCCGCCCACCUCGCGCUUGCAAGUGCGCAGCCCACCGCGCUAGCAAGUCCGCCGGCCCUCGCGCUUGCAAGUGCGCCGCCCGCCGCGCUCGCAAAUGCGCCAGACGCGGCGCUCGCAAAUGCGCUGAACGCGGCGCUUGCAAGUGCGCCGGCCCACCGCGCGGAACGUCCGACCCCUCCUUCGCCCAACCCCCGAGCGGGAGCCGCCAACGCGGUCUCGCUGGGGGAUGCCUCCUUCGCCUCCCACCCUGGCACCCCCCCUCGACUUGCCCCGAGUGCGAGCCGCCAACGCGGUCGCACUCGGGGUCACCUCUCGCACUCGCGCCCCGCCCCGCCCCGCCCGCCUUCGAUCAACCCCGAGCCCGAGCCGCCAACGCGGUCGGGCUCGGUGUCGCAUCCCGCCCCCCGCGCCCGCCUCCGACCAGCCUCUCGCCAGCCUCUCGCCCGCCUUCUCACCCGCCUCCCCGCCUCUCGCCCGCCUCCCCGCGUCUCUUCCCCCGCGUCUCACCCGCCUCCCCGCCUCCCCGCCUCCCCGCCUCCCCGCCUCCCCGCCUCUCGCCGCCUUCUCGCCG